GCACCAGAAUUCGUCACAUGAACAACCAAUGUCAUCCAGUUAUUUUGUGUUAAGUUUGCCUAUGUUUUGGGCUAAAGGGUUUCGUUUCACAGAUAGGUGAUUACAGCCUGGCGUGUAACAGUCUUGCGAGUAAUCUUGACCAGUGGAAUCGUUUUCAAUUCAAUUGGAAAACUUUCUUUCGGAGAGUUAUAGCAGCGUUGACAACAACAACGACACACAAUAAAUCAUGAUCUGGCUACCUGUGUUUAACAGCCAGCUGUCAAGAUUAACGAAAGACUCUAGGGGAUAGUAAAUUGACAAAAUGAAAUGUUUUAGAUUAUUAGAUUAUCGUUAAGACUUUCUCCUUUCUUGUAUUUUGUUUUCAAUACUGCUGACAAAAAUGGCAUCUGUCGGAUUUCGUGCAAAAGAUGCCAAGACGUUGUCGGAGCUGGCGUCUCUUCUCCAGUCCAAAGGUGACAAGGUACUAAGCGGAGAAUGUAAACUUUCUCUGACAACCCAAAGCCUCGGCCUUCUCCAUCAUAUGUUCGAAGCAGAGGGACAUAAUAGGAAUGAAGACUUUUUGCGACGAAGGAACAAUCAAGAACAGGAGCAUUUGCGAAGAGAUGUUUUGUUUUUACAAGAUUUCCUGCAGAAAACCUUGUUUGUCAAGAUUAUUCACCGAUCAUCAACUAUACAAGGAGCUGUCAAAAUUGGAUUCUUUACAUCACUGAAGAGACUGGAGAUAAAAAAGGUACCCAUUCACCUGAUAGAAGGCGUUCAAAGGUUAAGAUCUCAGUUGAAGAGCAUCACCUGUACUCGCUGCGUAACACAACUACAGGAUUUGCUGGAGACAUGUGGUGGAGACAUGAGUACUGCCAUGUCCUGGGCAUCUCUACAGGAGAUUUGCCUCUCUUACAACAGCAUACUUAACCUUGACUCAUCAUUGAGGUUAUUGCCAGUUCUAGAAGCUUUUGACAUCAGCCAUAAUAAUCUGGAAGAACUAGACAACCAUCUUCAGUACCUCACAGAACUGGUGCAUAUCAACCUGGGUUAUAACCAGAUCUCUGUCGUCCCACAGUUCUCUCUGAGUGUCAGAACCAAACUUAAUACUCUGAUUUUAAGAAAUAACAAGCUUGAACAUCUGGAAGGGGUGGAAGAUUUGAUCAACUUACAGGAGCUAGAUGUUACAAAUAACUGUCUGUAUGAUCAUGCUUGCCUGGAUGUCCUAAACACACUGGAUAACCUGGAUCUGCUGUGUUUACUAGGCAAUCCACUGGCUUACCAUGCAAGUCACCGCUCACUGACAGUGCAGCACCUAUCACCAAUAGCUGCAAAGGAAAAGUUCGUUCUAGAUGGCAAAAAAUUAUCUGAAGCUGAAAAAAUGCUGACAGUGAGACAUCAUGUCCAUAGGAGCCCCAGUCGUCGUCCCACACAACUUGUCCAUGCUCUCAUCUCUGACACCCAACAAAUAGCUAACCAAUACACUUUCUCAGACUCUGAUCCUAUAGCCCAGUCACUGCCUGUCGCCUUGCCUACUGGAAAAAAACGAACAAAGAUUCGAGCAAAAGGUCGCACACGAAAAGCCCUUAUCACAGAGUUUGAGUCAUCCACUGACACCACGACAGGUGUCUCAUCUCAGGACAGCUCUAGAGCCCCUUCCCCACAGCCAAAGCAGAAAGCAGUGGAGCAGGUGAACAGUAAAGAGCAGUUUGAGGUGAUGAGGGAACACUAUGGGCCGGACUGGCUCAGGGCCUUCAACAAUAACCCAGAGGAAGCAACAAAAGUCAGCUCAUUGUCUAACCCUGCAGGCUACACUACAGAAGAUGAUAUAUACCUGAAUGACAGUGAAACUGGAGUGGAGUCAAUGAGUCACAACCCUGCCAGGGAGGUGGAGGCAGGUGUUGGCAAAAUGAGUGUGUUUGACAAGGAAGGGACAGUUGAGGAGAAUGGUAAUGACCUGGACAAAACUGAUGGCUCGGGGCUGGGCAGGCUGGACAGCGAACAUGGCAUAGAGUGGCAGAGAACAGACAGUGAACAAUAUGAAUACUAUGGUGAUGAAAGUGAACCGUUCAUUGUGAUGCUUGAUGACAGUGAGCAGAGUCAGCUGUUCCUGAGCUUAAAUGAGCGUUACCUGCUGGAGAAGGAUGUAAAUGGCACACUGAAAGAGAUGCUAGAUCUGAAGUUAUUAGAGGCCAUGGACUGUACGACAGAGAGAAGAGUAGUGGGUGGGAUGGAGGAGGGAGUACUCAUGCCAGUUGUCCGCCUCACAUUUGGCUAUGUGCGUAAAGAUCGGCGAGAGAGGAUGUACAUCAUGGAAGAUGAGACCAAUGCAGAGGAAUUUCAGGCACUUCUCCAACCCGUUGUGGAGGCAAAACAACUGAAGGAAAAGCUGAAACCACAACUACAUUGUCUAAAGUGUUCUGCAGACUUUGUGAAGUCUCAGGCAAAGGUGGUGAUAAAGAACACGGACCAGGUGACAGGAGAUGACACCAUGUCCUCUAGUCCAGCUGCCAGCAAUACAAAUGCACUGUAUGAGGCAUACAGCUGCCCUAAGUGUGGCAGUGAGAUGGUGGUGGAAAUGGAGUUACCACUGACAGAGUUAGCCUCCAGUGCUAAGUCAACCACCCCUGCUGGGUCUCUGCCCAAGUUGCUGGAUGCUCGGCCCCUGGAUACCUCAUCUCCUUUGAAGCCAGUCAAACAAAGUACAACACAGGAUGGAUCGAACAACAACUCCCCUAAGGUGGUCUUCACUAUUGGGUCAUUUGAAAACAAGGACCUGCAUCACGUUAUCUCAUCCCAGAAAAGAGCAUCCUUACCUGCCAUCAUGCCAACCACCUCUGUCAUAUCACCAAUAGUGAGAUCACCACGAAUAGCACCAGUCUAUUCGAAGACUUCAGGUGUGGGGUGGUUGCAGAAUGGUCACUCUGUGGGCAGAGAAGCUGAGGUAUCUACAGGUGUUGGAGGAACAGGGCUGAAGAGGGAGACUCGGGUAGCCAGCUGGUCCGACUUCAGGUCACGACAAAACUCUACAGGGAGUGACAUUGCAAUCCUGAGUAACCCGAGUGAGGGCAGCGUAUACACCCUCACUGACUCUGGGCAGAGGGACGUGACAGGUGGGGAAGAGGAGAGGGCACGGACAAGUCUGCUUGUGGGCAGAACUGUGUCUCCUAUUCUGGAGAAAAUUGUUUGUACUGAGGAAGUGGCCUCUGAUCUGAGGGCUACUGAAAAUGGAGAAGAGAAUGUGGACAGACUUGCGAAUGGUCAGGGGACUGACCCCAUCCAGUCUCCUCUGUCUCUCAGUGUAUGUAACAGCAUGGUGUCCAGUGUGUAUGAGAACUCUAUUAAUUCUGCCCCACCCCACACAGAUCUUCUCUCAGACUUGGUGAAUGCGUCUUUACCAUCCAAUGAGGCAGAUGGGGACUUGAGUAUAUAUGACAGUCCUGGUAAGGCAGUGACAAAGCAGCAGUCUAUUGAGCCUAUACCUGAUAAUGACAGUGGUAUGGAUGUGAAAAACCCUGCUUCUGUCUCAGACAACACAAGCACAUUGACGGGUCAUCCCAGUGAUAGCUCCAGUUUUCUUGUAGAUUCUUACUCAGCUUCUCUGACAGAUUGUAAUGGGGAUUCCCGCGAAGAUCAGGGGAUUCCCCCAGCCAAGUCAAACAAGAAUGUGCCAAGUGUAACUGAGGAGAAGCGGCAUGGAUGUGACACAGACUUCACUGAGUUAGACCACAGACUGAAGCUACACUUUCACAUGUCCCUGCUGAAGGAGUCUGAGGAGUGUGUGUGUAUGAUACAGUGUGAUGUGGCACAGUACAUGAUGAAGGAGGAAUUCCCUGGGAUUCUGUUACUUACAUCAGAGAACUUCUACAUCCUGAAAAUCCUUAGAGAUGUGAAGAGAAAGAAGGAAAGUGAACCCAAGUCCUGGUUACGGUGCAUCGAGGCGCAGCCUCACUCUGAGCUCCAGCACGUCGACAUGGGCCUUGGCAAACAGAGUUUCCGACUGGAGUUUGACACAGACUGCUCUAGCUAUACCUUCAUUGUCAGAGACAGGGGUCGCUGUCAGACCUUCCUACAACUAGUCAAAGAUUAUCUGGAAUCACGAGGCUGUGACAGUGUUGACCUUUCUCUGAAGGAUGAUGACCCUGUAACCAUAGAAAACUUGUAUCAGCAAAUUCUGAUUGGUUCAGAUGAGCUGGAUGGAGAAGGGGCUCUAGAGGCAGGGGAAUCCUCCCAACCAUUUAAUUAUGUUACAGGCUACUUAGUUAAAGAGUCAGAGCAGAUGCCUGUUGGAUUGGUGGUAACAGACACAGACAUUUACAUGAUAAUAGAGAAUCACCAGUGGCCAUUGCCUCGGCUCCAGGCCCCUCUCAGUCCAGACAUAAAGGGCUCACAGUUCACACUGAUACAGCGACAGAAUAUCAACAAUGUUAUCCAGAUUCAAUAUUGUGCAGAGGAUGCUAUGAAAGUGACAUUGUGUUUUUAUGAUGAGGAAUCAGGGGAGGAGCUUGAGUGGUGCGUUUCCAUGGAGACAGCGAAUGGCGUGCAGUCAUUGGUCAAAUGGAUUAAAGAUCCAUGGGAGGCAGAGUUUGGUGUUGACCUAGAGGUCAGCUCUGUAUCGUUACAGACCUGACAGCAUAUUUUGUGUGUAAUGAGAAGAACAUUACAGAUGGUAGAUGAUGACCUGUGGUCGUGUCCAGUUGUUUCUUACCAAGUUCUUUUAUUAACAAAUUCUUAACAGUUGCUAUCUAUGGUAAAUGACCUAAAAUUUCAAUCGGUGCCUGAUCCUCAGAGUCCAGUUGACCUUAGAAAUGUGUUUUGAGGUUUGUUUGAACGGUCAUGACGGUAAAAUGAUUUCCUGCUUGAGUAAUCUAAGUAUCAGUAUCAAAGGUAAUAUUUUAGAACAUUUAUUGGCCCAAAAAAUGCAUUUCUUUGGAUGAAAUUUUAGGUUGUUUACCGUAUGUGCAUUUUAUACAUGUAUUUAUCUAAUUAUAUAAGUUAUUUUCAUGUUACAUGUAUAAACUUACUUUACAUUCACGACAGUGUCUGUUCUCAUUUGUUGACAGGGAAAAUAUACAUCUUAUUUAAUAACAAUAAUACGUGUAAUGUUAACCCUUUAUGAAUCCAGUCGUAUUUUUUUUAUCUGUAUUCAUUCACACAUAUCAGGCCUAGCAUAAAGGCCUGGUUCUGUUGCUAAGAUGUCUACAGUCUAAGCUGGAGGUUCUAUCACUUCUAUUUUAGGAACAGUCUAUAGGAAUUCAAAUUUUGGUACAUAGUUUGUUUAUAAAAUGUCUGAAGUACAUUUGGUCCACAAGUUUUAAGAUUGUCCUGUUUUGUUAGUGCUGACUUUUAUGUUAUUUUUACAUGACCAUUUUUCUGUUAGUAAAAUAUUAUCCAGUUUUUCUUUGAUUCAUUGGAAGGUUUAUUAUUUUUGGCUGCAUUUAUCAUAAUUGCUGGCUCAGGCUUCCUCUGUACAAAAUUUGUGUGUGUAUGUGUGUUUGUUUUUGAGGGUGUGGUGCAUGUUUCAUUUUGAAAUCAAAGAUCACCCCAAAAGGUAAACAGUGAAUGAUAUGUACUGUUUGACAUAAAUGAGAUGGGAUGACAUGUCCAAAAAUCAUCAAAAAAUCCCAGUAUUUAUAGCUCUUGGCCUUUCUCUCGCACACAGUUGUGUACAUUGUAUGUGUUAAAACAUCUAUAGAUUUGUCUUGUUCAUAGCAGUGACAUACUUUCUUCAGAUUCACUUACAGAUUAGUCUAGAAGUUUUUGAUGAGAAGAAAUUUCCAUAUAUAUUUUACAUAGUUGUGACCUCAUUUACUUGCACAAUAGUACACCCAGGGCUUACCAUGUCAUUAGAUUGUCGGCAUCCAGACUCCUUGUCUUGUGUACUCCAUGUCUCGUCUACUCCAUGUCUUUUCUAUUCCAUGUCUUCAAAUCAUGGAAAACUAGUUGAUUUAAGCGUCAUCAAACUGCCCUAGUCUUGGUACCAAAGCCAUUUUGGAUUCACACUGUGUGAACUUAUGCUUGAUCUGUAGUAUAGCACAAGAAAGAUUCCAAAUCCACCAGUCAAGGACUUGUAAAUAAUCUUCAUGAGGAAGUAACAACUCUGCCUUCUGUCAUUUUACAACUACUGUGUUUCACCUGUAUUAAGUUUAGCUUUUUUUCAAGUGGUACAUUUUUCUUCAUUCUGAUUGAUUUUUUCAGCUUAUAGGGCUUCUUUCCUUUUUUCAGAAAAAUUCAGCGUUGGCAUCAGAAUUUUCAUUUUAAACCCCUCACUAUGAAGUUUAUAGGCCGACUACAAUAUAUUAAAUAAUUGAUGGCCACUAGCACUAAUGUUGGCUGAGUAUCAUGAAUGCUGUCUAUCCCUAUGUACAUGUAGAUACGUUGUAUGUGGCUUUCAUUAUGUAGGUAGCACUUUAACUAUUAGUACUUGGCAGUGCUUUAGGCUGUAUAAGAGUAUCAUUUUUGGAGCAGAAUCAUGUACAUAUACAAGUGUGUCAUUAUACAUGUGCUGUAUGCAUUCUUCUGGGCUCCAAUUUCUGUCACAUUUAUCAUACAGACUAUAAAUGCUUGUCAUUACCCGCUAGGAAUGCUUAACAAAUAAUUUUUUACUUGAUAUGACAAAUCGCAAAUAGACAUGGCUUUAUGCAUGAUUCCAUCCUCAGCUCAUGACCAGCAUACACGCAGCAGUCAUUCUGUCUCCUGUGCAGAAUAACCACUGCAAGCAGGUGUAUUAAGUGUAUGUAUCUAGUACUUUAUGCUUAAUAUGCCCUCGGGAAGUCAAACGAUGUGGGUGGGGAGAAGGUUGAGGGGCAAAUUCACAUAUACUGCCAGUACAUUCACUCCUGGUCAACCAGAGUCUCUAUGCUCUGCAGCAUGUCAAAGUUACCAGUGAUUAGAAGCUCAAGUGUUUUUCAGUUUGCUGAAUAAUUCAUUGUUUGCGGCCCUUCGAGCCCUUGAUAAAAUACUCUAUAAUACGGCAAUACUCCCAGCUAUUUGGGUAGUAUUGUUGUAGUACCAGGCAUGUUGUAUAUGAUACAUAUACAUUAUAGUAUUUGUAAUUAACUGAGCAGUUAGCAUGUUGAUCAGUAUACAUUCUAGUACCAGAAUUAACAUACUUAUAUAUACAUGUAUGCUGUAUCAGGUUAUUAAUGCUUUUGAUUAAUGAACAUUGUAGUACCAGAGUUAACAUAGCAGCACAUAUAUUAUAGUACCAGAUGCUAUACCAGAGAAUGUUGACAAAGAGCCCAUCCUUGGUAAUCAAAUCAAAUCGAUUUACCAAGAAUGGCUCAAAUUAUUUCUUUUGUAAAUAUCAGACUCAUACCUGUACCUUUUAGUGUUACACCGAUUCUUAAGGUUAAAAAACCUGUAAAGCGACCCACUUCAUAAAUAUUAGGAACAGUACUACUGAUUUUGAACAGCAAGACCUGCACAGGCAAGACUCGUAUUUUGUGAAAUGGUAAUAUGUUUGGCUAUUUUAAAAUAAUAGCAAAGUUUUGAAUUGAAUUUGUUCUACCCAAUUUUUAAUAAAAAUCUCCCGUUUCGCCUUCUUAACAUAUUUGUACAUAUGUUAUAGUACUGGAGUUAACAUAGUUAUAUGUAUGUUGUAGCGUCAGGCUUAACAUAAUGACACGUGCAUCUACGUGAACAUUUCUUGCAUCUCCUCUGUGUGAUCCAUACACCUGUAUGUUUAACCCCAUUGUUGUGUCAGUGAAGAUACAUGUGCGCUGUUUCCAUUGUCACAGCAGAGUGCAACUUUUUGGCACUGAUGCUGUAUAAAAUAUACCCAUAUGUUAGUCAGUUUGAGGACCUUUUCAUUUAUUUACUGGUUUGCAUACAACUUGAAGCCUAGUCAUUCCUUUGGGUGUCGGUACUUGUACUGUCAUGAUUGCCAGAUGCAUGAAGUUUUAAAUGAAAUCGGUUACGGGAAGAGUGCACAUUGUGUGUGUGUUGACAUUUUCUCGUAGAGAAUGAGUGUACAGAUAAGAUGUAAUUCCAUUCUUUGUGUACAGUGUUUUUAUUGAUGUGUGUUUAGCCUGUAUAUGACAUGUACAUAAUGUGAGCCAAACACAUGUAUCUGAGGAACAACAAGCUGUCCUCUUCUAUGCAAUCUCUGUGCCUGUGUAUGUACACCGAGAUACUCGAACGUUAUGCAGUGUUUUAGCACAAUAUCUUUUGUAUGAAAUCAUGCACACAUUUUACCCCAACCGGACUGUUAACAAAGCUUCAGCCAUGUUAGGCAGAUAUCAUGCUGUGAUUGCUGCAUAUUGUGCUACACAUGUGGCUCUGGUGUAAAGCAGUUGUAUGGCAUUUCUGUUUUUCUGUUAAAGUAUGUUUAUGUGAACCCAGUGGAGAAUAAAUCGAUACAUUUUGA